UUGUAAUGUUUAAUUAGUUAUUUAUUUUAAAUCAAAUUUGUGUAGAAUGAGAAACAUAAGAUUAAGUGUAGUUGAAGAUAGAAAGAUACAUUAAUAACUUAAUUAUAAUCUUAUCUUUUUCAGGUAUAAUAAAUAACAUAGUCAAUAAUCCUCAACAAAAUCGAAAAAAUUCAGUCCGUGUGCACGUAGACUUGAACAAUGUGUUGUAUUAUUUAAAAUCUUCUGUUUACCCUGGAAACGUUCGUACGAAAAGUGCAAAAUCCAAUUUUCGAAAACAAUGCAAAACCUUUAAAAUAGUAAAUGGACUAUUGUUCUACAAAAAAACGAAUGCACGUGUUGUCAUAAAUGAAUCUGAACGAUUGGAAAUCAUAAAAAUGUUACACUGUGGUGAUCCUGUAAAUCCUCUGUGUUCGGUUCAGACGACUUUAUCAUCAGCUCAUAGAGGACGUGAUGCAACUCGGCGUUUGUUAAAACAGAGGUACUUACAUAAUGUGUUAUUUUUUAACAUGGUUGGUAACUACCUAGUUUAUUAAAAGUGAGAAAUUACAUUUUUCGACUACUUUCUAAGCGAAGUGAUACAUUUUAUUUUUGAUUACCUACAGAAAACUAUCAAUUUAUAAAAAAAAAAUGAAUUAAAGAAUAUUGCAUCAAAAUUUGAGUAGCAUAAUAACACUUACAAUGUGCGAUAUGCAAAUACCUUUCUGGUAUCUUAUAAUUUAUGUAUGUACCCUUUUCAGGUACUUUUGGUUCCGUAUGUCAGAUGACGUCAGAAACUUUAUACGCCAAUGCAAUGUUUGUAUGUCACGCCAAAAAAAAAAUCCAUUAGACUCAUGAAAAUCCAAUGCUGAUUAUGAAAAAUCUAUGGAAGAGGUAAAUUAAUUUUAUUAUGCUUGAUUAUACUUAUUUUAUAUUUAAGUUAAAUAGGUAUAUACAAGUUUUUAAAAUUGUAUUUCAUCAGUUAUUUUAGAUUCUAAGUGGAGCGAAGAAGCUUAUGGUUUUACAAUACAUUUUUAAUUUUCUUAUCUGCGGAUUACAUUUCUACCGGCAAUUUUGUUCCGAUUUUUAAUGAUAGCACUUUUUUGAAAGGAAAUUGGACUGGGGAGGUACCUUAGGGAUAUCAUUUUUUGAUUUCAGAAGUUUUCUCAGCAAAUGGUAAAAACCCAGAAAAAAACGGUAAAACGUACAAAACGUAAGUAGGUAUAAGUAAAAAAAAUACCAUGGCCUUUUUUAAUCGUGUGAAAAUCUUUUUUACCAGCAAUUUUCCUCAGAUUUACCAUUAUAACACUUUUUUUUUAAAGGAAAUCGCUAGAAAAUAGGUACAAUAUUAAACUAUAUAAUGCAUAUGUAAUUAUUUUACCAUAAUUAUUGACAAUGCAACACUAUCAAUACAAUAAUUCCCUGAUUACUGUUUGUGUUAUCAAUGUUAGAGGGAAUCAAUAAAGCAUUGUAUAAGUUAUACCCCAUACUAAGGGAACUAGGUUUUAAUGACUUGAAUUUCUAGCAAAAAUCUACAUACUGUGCAGAUUAUAAAUAAACCGAGAUCAUUGAUACUUGAUAUUGGUUCUGAUCAACAAAAAUGUCCUAAAUCGUUUUGAGCUGACCAAUAUCUUGUAUGUGUGUAUGGUAAAUGGAAGAAAAACAAACCAAAAUUAAAAAGUACUUAUUAGUUUAUUAAUGGUAACAAUGAAAAUAUGUGUUAAAAUUAAUUAUUAAUAAAUACAAUAAAAUGAUAAUAAACUAUAAACUUUAAAACUAAUAUAAAUAUAAAAAUUAAUAUUUUAAAAGAAUUUUAGUAUAAUUCACAGAUAUAUAUAUAAUAAACUAGAUUGAGAAUUUGUAAUAAGAAUUAAAGUCACUUUAAGUGCCAUAUUGGAAGCUUAUUUUCCUUUAAAUGUAUGCAACUAGCAUAUUAUAACUUACACAAAUGUGUACAUAACGCUUACCCAAAAUAAAAUAUUACGACACAUCACUGUUAAAUUAAUAUAAUAUGUUACUCAUUAGUUAUUACAUACUAUUGCAAUUUGUAGCUAAAUAUAUCUAUUUACUAUUUACGAAAUUAAUGAAUUACAAUUGAUUUACAGCCACAAUAAAUUCAACAUUUGAAUACAGAUCAUGCAACACUGAGACAAGAUAGUGCAGACUACACUUCAGUGACAUUAUAUUUUGUUAAAAGUUCAUGAUUAUUAACUCAAAUUAAUGCAGAUUAUAAUUAAUAUUUAACAAUUGCUAUUUUUGAACAUUGACCAAAUUAAAAUUAAUUUAUUAUUUAUAAAUUUAAAAAAUUUUAAAUUUUAUUCUUACGUUUUUAAAAAUUACUUCCUGUCUAUUCAAUAUAGAUAUCUACUUAUUUUUUCAACAUAAUCAUCAUCAUAAACUGAGUAUAGGUGCUUAUACAGGUUUAGGUACAUAAUGCACUCAUAUUAUUUAUUAAAUAUUUAUUUAACUAUUCUAACAUAAUAUCGGUACCCCUACUUACAUUGCUUAUUUUCUACUUAUUUUCUUCUUUAAUACUACGAUAAUAAUAUUAUUAUUGUUAUAAGUGUGUUUGCUUUAGAUGCUCAUAUGCUGACAGCAUUCACAAACCACAUACUUUGGAUUUACGCUUUUAUAAUCGUUUUGUUUACUAGCUGUUCCAAAACGAACAAGUAUUUGCAAGUGUGAAUGAUUGAAAAAGUACCUCCCCAGUCCAAUUUCCUUUCAGAAGAGGUAUUACACUUAAAUAUCAGAGCAAGAUUUCUGGUAGAAAAGUUGUCCACAGACAAAAAAAAUAAAAUAAAUAAAAACAUGAGAACAUACAAUCAAAAUUAUUUAAAAUAUGUAGCGAUGUAAACGAUGGAUAGACAAAUUAACAGUUAACAGUUAUUGCUUAUACAAUACGCUUAUUUUAAUUAUUAUUAUUGUAAUUGUUUUUAUACAUUUGAUGUACCUAUAUUAUGAUCUAUCUAUUUUGACAACAUUUUUAAAAAUACAUUCUCAAGACCUCACAUAGACUUUGUGAUUCUUGAUGCAAUUUUUGUUCUUUAUAUUCAUGUUUUCUCAGUAUUUUAAUAAUUAGUUUUUUAAUGACUAAAUCAUCAAUCAAAUAAUUUUAGCAACAACGGCAAGUUAUUAAUUCUAAUUGCUUUUAAACUGUGGUUUAUUUGCUAAUAACAGAUGAUGGUGUAAAUUAAAUUCGCAAGAAAGAAAUUACAAUAAGAAUCAAAAUUUAUAUUGAAAAUGUUAUUGCUUAUUAUUCUAAUAAUAUAUUUCAAAGUCAAUUUAACAAAAAACAAGGUUAUUCAUUACUUAUAUCACUACUCAUUUUGAUGCAAUGUAAAAUAUUGUUUUAAUCAUAUAAGUAGCACGAUUGUUUAUUCUAAACGAGCCGUUGAUACACAAUUAUUAUUAUUAUUAAUAUGUAGUAUAGAUAUUCUUUUUUUUUUAGUUACAACUUUAUAUAUUAGAACAUGUUUAGUGUGAUGAUCAGUUAUUUGAACAAAAAUAUUGGAUUUUUGCAGGUGUGAAACAUUCAAGAUUUAUUUGCCCUAAGCUCUGCGGAAAAUCCUAUAAACACAAACAUAGCGUAAUACAACAUUAUAAAUUUGAAUGUGGAGUGGAACCAAAUUUUGAAUGUUAUAUUUGCCAUAAGAAAUUUACCCAAAAGUCGUCAAUGAAAAAACAUUCGAUUUUGGUUCAUAAAUUUAUUGCUGGAUGAUCAGUAAAAAGGAAAAAUAUAUAUAUAAAUAUAAUAUAUGUGUACCUACCUAUAUCUGUAACUAUGUACAUAUGCUAUAUGGCCAAUUAAAUGUUUUUUAGCUAUAAAAUUACAUUUUUUUUAGUAUAAUUAAAAAGUCGAUUCUAAAUGGAAAAAUGAUAAUGUACUCACGUUUUAUUUAAAAUUGUGUAUCCUGUAUAUCUUAAUAUAUAUAUAAUAAAUUAACGAUAUAUAAAUACAAUAAAUAUAUAUAAUAUAAAAGGGUGAAUAAUUAAUUUAUUGUUUGAAAAAUUGAAAAUAUAAGGAUAUUGUGGGGUUCUUCGAGGGGAGAACAAAAUAAAUUUUGAUAAUUAUAAAAGACAUAAAUUUAAAGAAAAAACAUGAACAACUCAGUUAAAACUCAUUUUUUUUUUUCGCAGGAUACCUAAUAGUUGUUAGUCAAUGCCUACCAGUUUAAGAUUUAUCUGGGCUCAGAAUAGAUAUCAUAAUAAAAAGUGACACUCCUAGUGUAAACAAAAAGGUGGUGGCUAUCUUCCCAGUCAGUAGAAUACUAAUAAAACACCGUACGCCAUGCUGCACACAAUUGAUACUCCACUACUCUAACCUAACCCACCUAAACUUAAAAAGUGGAAUAUGUUGUCAACGGAUUAACGGAAAUCAAAAAUGUUAACGCCAAAAUGCAUUUAAAGUAAUACUCCAUCUAUUUAUGUAUUUUUAAAUAGAGGUAUUCAUUUAAAAAAUCAAAGUUGGUAUAGGAUACAUAGGAUACUCCUUAUAUGUUGUGAAAAAUCUAAGUUUUCAAAAAUAUUAGCUUUAACUACACUUAAACAUUUUAAAAAUCAGGAUUUGAAUAUAUGCAAUAUUUAACCAAAAAAAUAGGGUGAGCUCGCUUAGUGAAUGACUAGUUAUAUAUAUAUUUUUGUCCUUGAAUAAAACGUUUUCCCUUAUACAUUAAUCAGAUUUAAAAAGCAGAAUAAUAUUUCAUUACCUAUUUGGUAUUUUAAUUCAGUAUUCAGUUGUAUGUAUUAUAGGUAUUAUAUGUAUGUAGGUAUUAUAUGUAUGUAGGUAUUCAUUAUAUUAUACAUAUUCAAUUUUUUUUUUGUAUAAGUUCAAAUUAUGGACCCAUUAUUUAUACAAAAAAAGACUUAGUUUUUCAAUUUAUUGUUUGAAAAAUAGUUUAAAUUAAACAAUACGGCGAAUACUGGGGUUUAUUUAUCUACUCUAUACUAUUGAAAAGUUAAAGAAAUAUUUAAGAUUUUGCAAAGUUAAGUGCCAUUUCCAGUUGAAAUGAAUAUCUAACCUAAAAAAUAAAUUAACAAAAGUUAUCAUUUUAUUUUCAAUUUUACUGUAUAUAUUUAUACUAUUAACACAAGGAUGUUAAAAGGAUCUACCAAUUUGUAUUUUGUUAAGUGUUUAAUACCUAUACUAAUAAGUGAUACAAUCUAAAAAUAUAAUAUCAUUUAUAUUGUUUAUAACCAAAAUUAUAUUUUGUUUUUGUUUUUUGGCAUUGCUACUGUCUAUUUCCUAUAGUAGCUAGACUUUUUGUACAUAAUUAUUAAAUUUGUUAAGUAUAUAAAUUUUAAAAUGUAACUAAUAAUGUUUAUUACAGAUGAAGCUGUUCUUAAAAUGUUACUGAGGGGCCAAAUAAUGAUGAAGUUUAAACUCGAGAAAAUAGAAGAAAAACAAAAUACUAUUAUGAAAAUGCUAAUUCAAAAAAAAGAAAGUUUAUCUGGUGAAGAUAACAAUAUUGAUUAUUAUAUUUUUUCAGAUUUAUUUCCUUUGAAAAAUAUUGAAGACCUUAAUCAAAUUGAAUCAAAACUAAUAGAUAUUGGAUAUCGCACUGCAAUUGUAAUUAUAAUACUCAAUUUGUUUCAAAAUUAUUAAAUUUGUAUAAAUUCAUAUAAGUAAUAUGCAUAAUUUGUUUAGAUCCGUGAACUUUCGUACAUUGGUGGUAAAACUGUGGCAUCUGCUGUUAAAAAAAUGAUAGUUAAAAUGUUUGAUGAUGAAUUAUUGAGUAAAUUUACGUUUGCUGGAAGGAAAUCUACAAACAAAAAGUGUUUCCAGUCCUUAAAAUUAUACAAAAUAAUUGAUGGUAGGUACUAGGUAUAUAGACAAUAUUAUAAUAUACAAUUAUUAUUAUAUUUACAUUAUACACAAUAUUUCAUGUAUACCACCUAUGUAUUCUUUAUAAACAAUAAAAAUAAUUUACUUGUGUAUCUAACUAUAAAUUAUAUUUUUUGUAUUUUAGAAGCAACUAAAAAAAUCACUAAAUUCAAAGAAUGUUUAAAGCAAGAAGAAAUUGAUGAUCCAAUCAAAUAUAUGCUUGUACAGGCACCUUUUCGAAUAAAACGCAAACCAGAAACUACAGAAAUUGCUUCCAAAUAAAUUAAGAAUUUUUAUAUGUAUAUAAAUAUAUAUCUAAAUUAAAAAAGAUUAAUAAUUUAUCAAAUAAUCAAAUAAACAUAUGAUGUAGGUACACAUUUAAAUAUAAAGAUUUGUUAGUUUGUUAUAUAAUAUUAAUCUUUUUUUACAUAAAUAUAUUUCAAUUUACAAUCAAAUAUACAGUAAAUUUGUACAAAAUUAGAGUAAUACAAGAAAUAAAUAUACUACUAUAAUAAUGAAAUAGAAUAUGGAUAAUUGAACAUUUUGUUACUAAAUUGUAUUUUGUAUUUUUAGGCAAAUUUUAUAUUGUAUUUUAUUCGCUUUAAUUUUUUUUAUCAAAUGAUGAUGGUCUUUGAGACAUAGAUAUUAUAAACGUUCUGAAUAGUUGAAUAUGGUAUAUUUGAGUAUUUUACAUUCCUAUCAAUAAAAAAAGCUGAUACUGGGGAUGGGUGUGCCAUUGUUGUAGGUGGAUAGUCAGGAAGGUAGGAUAGAUAAAGUUAUUUAAUUUCUAGCCAUAAGCAAUGAUAAACUAUUGUUAACAAAAAACGAUUUUGG